GUUGGUUUAGCCCCGCCCCCCUGGCUGGCCGUACUCACGCCACUCAGCGCUGAAGACGGGCUCGUGCGACUGACUUUACGUCCUCUGAACGGAAACAAGAGAUAAGAGACCUCCAAACCAGUCUGGUUCGCCGUCCAAACUGAUUCCAGUGGGUUUUCUCGUGCUACCUCGACCCGUCAACCCCCUUUUGGUUCGAACCAGACUUUACGUCAUCAGCUGUCGAGCCGAGUGGUCACAUGAUGGAAGAACUUCACGACGUCCAACUGACUGAGAUCAAACCACUCCUGACAGGACAGAAUGGAGGAAACCUGCAGGACUUUGACUGUCAGGAGUACGACGUGGAGACCACUCACUGUGCGUUGCACGUAACCAUGAGAGGGGUUGCUAAGGGCAACCGACCGACCAUCCUCACCUACCAUGACAUUGGACUUAACCACAAGUCGUGUUUUAACAGCCUGUUUAACUACGAGGACAUGCAGGAAGUGACUCAGCACUUCUCGGUUUUGCACGUCGACGCUCCAGGACAACAGGAGAACGCCCCCACUUUCCCUACCGGGUACCAGUACCCAACAAUGGAUGAGCUGGCGGCGAUGCUACCAUCAGUCCUCACGCAGCUGCAGAUAAAGAGCGUGAUUGGUAUUGGAGUUGGAGCUGGAGCCCACGUUCUCACCAAACUGGCGUUGAAUGAACCCAGUCUGGUGGAGGGUUUAGUUCUGAUCAAUAUCGAUCCUUGUGCCAAGGGCUGGAUGGACUGGGCCGCAUCCAAGCUGAGUGGCUGGACCAGCAACUUGGUGGACAUCAUCAUGGGACACCACUUCAGCACUGAUGAGUUGACAGAGAACAAGGAGAUCAUCCAGACGUACAGGCUACACAUUUCCCAGGAUAUUCCCCUGGAGAACCUGGCCUUGUUCUACACCAGCUAUGAUAGUCGGACCGAGCUGCAGAUGGAGCGUCCAGCACCUGGUUUGAAUGACAACAGCAUCAAUACGCUAAGGUGUCCGGCCUUGCUGGUGGUUGGAGAUACAUCGCCUGCUGUCGACGCUGUGGUGGAGUGUAAUUCCAGAAUGAACCCCACCAAGACCACUCUGCUCAAGAUGGCAGACUGUGGAGGGCUUCCACAAGUGGUGCAGCCAGGAAAAUUGGCAGAGGCCUUCAAAUAUUUUGUACAGGGGAUGGGAUACAUCCCUCAUCUUGUAUUAAACCACCUGAGCAGCCAAUCAGUGCCCACGGCCGGUAUGACCCGCUUGGUCCGUUCCAGGACUCACUCGGCCUCAAGCGUCGGCUCAAGCGAUGGUGUCCGGAGCCGCGUUUCCACCAACGCUCCCCCGGAGGGCGCCCCGCCCAGCAGUCCCUAACCCUUCCCCGACCCCCUACCCGGCGGCCAUGCACGCUGCGGAGAUGACGGCGGAACACGGUUUCCUCUCACUCGCCCCCCCUGAGUGCAGCUCCACAGUUUAGCCGCCGUCAUCGUUAGAAUCCUUCCCAUCGUAGCUGAGAAAAUUCUCCCAAUGAGGUAGAGACGAAGGCGGCCAUCUUGGUGUGCUAAGGAAGCUGUUGUCGGUGUGUUGCAUUCACUUCCUCCCUCCUUCCAGCCCUGCGGUUGCCGUGGUGUUGCUGUAGAUUGUGUUCAUAUGAGGUGUUGUAUUUAUGAUUCAGUGGACUUCAGCUUGUUUUAUCGGCUCAGGCCACGUUGAUGUUGCUAAUUAUUCCUGGAACCUUUUUGUUUUUGGUUUGCUCCAAAUGCUCUUUUUCAGCUAGUUAUGUUGAAUUUAUGGAAUUAUUUUGUCAACAAGCCUGAGCUGGUGAACCUCAAUUCUAUUCUUUAAGCUUAUGUUCUGUUGAAAAGGUGUAAGUGUGAGGUGAUGCUAGCAUGACUGUAAGAAGUGAUAUUGUUUAUUUUUCCCCUUCAUUUGUAGUAUUCUUUAUUGAGACAGCAGGGCCUGUCACGGCAUGCUGCUUGUGGAGUCUUGGCAUGAAAAGUGUCCAGUGUUUGCAGUCUCGUGAGUGACUUGGUUCAGCUGUCCGCCAUCAUAACAAAGCAGGGUUAGCAGCUCAGAACCUCAAAUUGUACAAGUGAUGCAGUUGACUGUAGUUUUUUUUUUUAGGUGCUUUAUAUGCCACCGCGACGUGUUUGAAAUAAAACAACCGAUCUGUGAUGGUAGUGCAAAGUUUCAGCGUUAAAUUAAAAGCUCUGAAGUGGCCGAAAUAGCUGGAAUUCCUGAUUAGUCAUUGUCCCUUCUGUCUGACAGUUGGAUUACAAAUGCAUUGUGGUGGUAUACAAACACAAACUUUGUCACUGGCCAAAUACUUCAGCACCUAAUUGUAUGACAGGUACUUAUUUACUACUUACUUAUGGUACUGGUGUCCAACGCCCCAGGGCCACUUUCACCUUUUUUAAAAUUGAUAAAGAGCUGUAGGUCAGUCUCCUGUAAGGGUUACUUGAGAUGAUAUGCCGCCGUGGGGCAUUUGAUGCUAUAAUAUAUAAUAAAAUAUAUCAUAUUUUCUGCGGGUCUAUUGUGUAUAAAACACCAUCUGAUGCCAAUUUAGGCCCAUUUGCGUAUCGUUAUUUUGUGACAUGAAAAGGUGUCGCAAAUGUAACCCACAUGCAGUCUAAUUAACAUAGAAUUGAGGAAAUACAAUAUGCAAAUGAGCCUUGACUAUGUGAACUUCAGAGUAUUUACGUGAUAUUGCUUUUUUUUUUGUCAAAAUUCAGACACUGAUUCCAAAUCAGAAAUAUGGUAUGGUGUCUGUGAUAGGUGUAACAUUCAAGAUCUAUUUUUUGUACACUUAAUAAUUGAAAUGUUGCUUUUGGAACCCCUUUCAAGAGACUGAUGUUACACUCAUUGACUUUGUCAC